AUGGCACCAAUCGCUGUCUCAGAAUCCAAUGCCCCUGCUGCUGCCUCCCAGGGACUCAAAACCGCCAAAGCUGAUCAAUCAAAGGGUCAUGUCGGUGUCGGCGACAACUUCAUGUACGACUUCAAGUACAAUUCCCCACUACCUACCUUGGACCGUUUGGGAGAAGAUUUCCCGAAAGACAGCGAUGUCCCCGCUCUCGUCUCGAAGUUUGUGGAGGAGCAAUUGGCUCCCGCCUUGAAAAGCAGUGACGCCAAACGUUUCGCGUCACUCUUCCUUGACAACGGUGUUUGGCGAGACAAAGUCUCUUUCACCUGGGAAUAUCGUACCUUCAAUACACAACAGAAAAUCUUAUCGGCCGCCACCGAUCUCCUUCCCAAAGUUCCCGUAUCCGAAGUUCGGAUCAUUGACCCAUCUCCAUCGUUGCAGACACCUUACGAGGAUUUGCACUUCGCUCAAGCGCAUCUCUUGAUCACCACCGACAAAGUCACUGCCUCGGCUGUGGCGAACUUCGUCUUGACAAAGGAUGGUCUCAAAAUCUGGACUUUGCACACCGCCAUCGAAGGUCUCAAGGGAUUCCCGGAACUGCCUAAUCGUGACGGACACAUGAUCGGAGAUGUUUCAUGGAACACUCAAAGAGAGAUAGAUACCGAGUUCGAGGGUGCUGAACCCGAAGUAGUCAUCGUUGGUGGUGGACAUAAUGGUCUCAUGAUGGCGGCCAGACUCAAGGCUCUUGGAGUACCUACUCUUAUGAUCGAAAGGAAUGCUCGAAUCGGAGACAACUGGAGACAACGAUAUGAGGCGCUUUCCCUCCAUUUCCCUCACUGGGCAGAUCACUUCCCUUACAUGCCUUACCCUGAUCACUGGCCAAUAUACACUCCUGCUGCCAAAUUAGGCGAUUAUCUCGAAUGGUAUUGCAGUGCUAUGGAGCUUCAUGCAUGGUGCAACUCGAGUGUCACCCAUGCCCAACAGAACCCCGAUGGCUCAUUCACCCUUGACAUCGACCGAGGAGCUAAAGGCAAGCGAACUCUCCACCCCAAACAACUCGUGAUGGCCACCUCACUGGCGGGUGUACCCAUGACUCCGAAAGUCCCUGGGGCUGAAAAGUUCAAGGGUACUCUGCGACACUCCACGGAACAUGACUCUUCACGGGCCUGGGUCGGCAAAAAGGUUUUAGUCGUUGGAACUUCGUCAUCCGGAUUCGACACCGCCUACGAUUUCGCUCGAAGAGGUAUUGACGUAACCAUCCUCCAAAGGUCUGCUACCUACAUCAUGUCUCUUACCAACUCUGUUCCUAAGAUGCUUGGUGCUUACAUGCCCAAAGACGGCAAGCGACCGGAUCUCGAUGUCGCUGACCGAUUGGCCUACUCCAUGCCGGUCGGUCCCGGUGAAGAGCUCGGGCGAAGACUCUGUGACGAGCUUGUAUCCCUUGAUGGUCCAUUGUUGGAAGGCAUGGAGGCCAAAGGGUUCAAGACUUAUAAAGGUCAACGAGGCACUGGUGUGCAAACUUUAGGUUACACCAAAAAUGGAGGUUUCUACUUUGACGCUGGCGCUUGUAAGCACAUCAUCGACGGCUCUAUCAAAGUCGAACAAGGAUGGAUCGACCACUUCACGGAAGACCGAGUCUACCUCAAUGGCGAUCGAGAACGAGAGUACGAUCUUGUUGUCUUCGCUACCGGGUUCUCCAAUACCAUCGACUCUGUACGAAAGACAUUAGGAGAUGAGAUUGCUGAUAGAGUGGGGCCCAUCUGGGGUAUGGAUGAAGAAGGAGAGCUCAACUCUGCAUGGAAGUACUGCGGCGUACCUAACCUCUGGAUCAUGGUAGGUACACUGCAACAUGGUCGAUAUCACUCCAAGAGAGUCGCUCUCAGAAUCAAAGCGCUACUUGAGGGCAUCGCUGGUGAACGAUACGUAAAAUAG